AUGUCUAAUGCUGAAAACUGCUGUCAGCGCUCAGGUGUUCAGAUGCCAACUCCUCCGCCCAGAGGCUACAACACCUGGGACACCCUGCCCUCACCCCGUACGCCUCGCACCACACGCUCAUCUAUCACCUCCCCGGACGAGAUCAGCCUGACCCCUGCUGAUGAUGAUCACUCCUUGAGGAACGGUGAUGAUGACUUCCUGUUGGGGUUGGGUGAGCUGCCGGAGACCUUCCCCAGCGACCCUCCAGAGCCCCUCCCACACUUCCUGCUGGAGCCGGAGGACGCUUACAUCAUCAAGAACAAAGCUGUCAAUCUCUACUGCACGGCCACGCCUGCCGCUCAGAUCUACUUCAAAUGCAACGGCGAGUGGGUCCAUCAAAGAGAACACACCAUAGAGGAGCGGGUGGACGAGACGUCGGGUUUGGUGGUGAGGGAAGCAUGGAUCGAGAUCUCCCGGCAGCAGGUGGAGGAGUUGUUUGGUUUGGAAGAUUACUGGUGCCAAUGUGUCGCCUGGAGCUCCGCAGGAACCACCAAGAGCCGCAAGGUGCACGUCCGCAUCGCAUUCUUGAGGAAGACGUUUGAGCAGGAACCCUUGGGGAAGGAGGUGUCACUCGAACAGGAAGUGCUGCUGCAGUGCCGCCCACCUGAGGGCAUACCGCCUGCUGAGGUGGAAUGGCUGAAGAACGAAGAGAUUAUCGAUCCUGCAGACGAUCGGAAUUUCUACAUCACUAUCGAUCAUAACCUGAUCAUCAAACAGGCGCGGCUUUCUGACACCGCUAACUACACCUGUGUCGCUAAGAACAUCGUUGCUAAGAGACGAAGCACCACUGCUACAGUGAUUGUCUAUGUGAACGGCGGCUGGUCUACGUGGACGGAGUGGUCGACCUGUAACAGUCGAUGUGGGCGGGGCCUUCAGAAAAGAACCCGCAGCUGCACCAAUCCCGCGCCUCUGAACGGGGGGUCGCCGUGUGACGGACAGGCCAUCCAAAAAAUCGCCUGCACCUCAGUUUGCACAGUUGACGGUGAGUGGGCCGACUGGAGCAAGUGGUCGGCGUGUAACACUGAGUGCACGCAGUGGAGGAAGAGAGAGUGUAAUGCUCCUGCGCCUCAGAACGGAGGGAAGGACUGUGACGGAGUCACGCUACAGUCACAGAACUGCACUAAUGGACUCUGCCUACAAGGUUCAGUAUAUCAGCUAUCCGUUCAUCCUAAAGGAAUGGGAGAGAAGGGGUUUACAUCUGCGCCGGGUGGAGAUGAGGUAGCGCUGUACGUGGGUAUCGUCAUGGCGGUGGUCAUGUGUCUGAUUGUCUCUUCUAUCGUGGCACUACUUGUGUACCGCAAAACUCAUCGCCGCUUUCACUCUGACAUCAUCGACUCGUCUGUGCUGAACGGAGGAUUCCAGCCUGUCAGCAUCAAACAAGCACGCUCAGCGGAUUUGCUGGCCGCAACCCCUGAUCUGUCCACAGCGGCGGUGCUGUAUCGCGGUCCAGUAUAUGCCCUCCACGACAUCUCAGACAAAAUCCCCAUGACCAGCUCCCCUCUGCUGGAGCCGCUGCCGCUUCCCAACCUCAAGAUCAAAGUCUACAACUUCUCUGGCACAGUGACCCCUCAGGAGGACGUGACCUCUGACCUCUCUGCCACCCUGUCCCCCAAAGUCACACACUCUCUUCUGGAAAGCGACCCCAUGACCCCACGCAACCAGACGCUGGCACGCGCACGGGACCCCACGUGUACGGCGUUAGGGUCGUUUAACACGCUGGGAGGUCAUUUGAUCAUACCCAACUCAGGUGUGAGUUUGUUGGUUCCAGCUGGUGCGAUUCCUCAAGGUCGCGUCUAUGAGAUGUUUGUGACUGUACAAAGGACAGAGAGCAUGAGGCCAGCGGUCAGUGACGGGGAGGCCGUGCUCAGCACUGUGGUCAGCUGCGGUCCCGCGGGCGCCCUGUUGACCCGUCCCGUCAUCCUCACUCUCCACCACUGCGCACACGCCCACUCUGACGACUGGCAAAUCAUCCUCAAGAGCCACACGCAGCAGGACCAAUGGGAGGACGUGGUCGUGGUUGGAGAGGAGAACUUCACUACUUCCUGUUACGUUCAGCUGGGGGAGGAGGCGUGUCACAUCCUGACCGAGACUCUCGGAUCCUACUGUCUGAUUGGCCAGAGCGCCUGUCCGUCAGCGGCUAAACGAAUUAAGCUGGCCGUGUUUGGUCCUGUAGUCACAGCAGGUCUAGACUAUCACAUCAGAGUGUACUGCCUUGACGACACGCAGGACACGCUCAAAGAGGUGCUGCAGAUAGAAAAACAGAUCGGUGGGAAACUGCUGGAUGAACCAAAGUCUCUGAUCUUCAGUUACAGCAAGCACAACUUGAGACUGUCAAUACAUGACAUUCACUCGCAGUGGAAGAGCAAACUACUCACCAAAUACCAGGAGCUGUCUUUCUCUCAGGUGUGGAGUGGAUCGGUGCGUCGGCUGCAUUGCUCCUUUGCUCUGGAGCGUCAGAGCGUGAGCGUGUGUGAGCUGUGCUGUAAGCUGUGCGUCAGACAGGUGGAGGGAGAAGGGCAGAUCUUCCAGCUCUACACCACCCUGAGCGAGGACGUCCAGAGCAUCGACACGUCCCUGAUGGACCCAAGCAGCAGUAUCACGGUUCUAACGGGUCCGAGUGCAUUCAGGAUCCCGGUCAGCAUCAGAAGCAAACUGUGCAGCAGCCUGGAUGUCCCGCACACACGCGGAAAUGACUGGAGAAUACUGGCACACAAACUCAACCUGGACAGGUAUCUGAAGUACUUUGCGACUAAGACGAGUCCGACCGGAGUGAUUCUGGACCUGUGGGAAGCUCAACACUUCCCACACGGAAACCUCAACCAGCUCGCCACUGUCCUGGAGGAGAUGGGUCGUCAUGACAACAGCAUCGCCGCCAUGGCCAAGGAACAGUGACCCUCACUUUGGCGGUAA